UUUCAUUCGUUUCCCUCAUAAAUCCCAAAAGGUUUCAUUACUAUCAUUGCUUUCUUUUUGCUUUUCUUUUUCAUUUUCAUCAACACUCAGCAAAGUUCCAAUCAUGACCCCAAAGAAGAAAGCCGCUGCAAAAACAACACGUCGAACGUCGACGCCACCAUCACGAGCACCGCUUUCCUUACCGUUAGCUGUUUCCAGCACAGGCCCUAUGCAAUAUUUUUUUGAAGAAGAGUAGUAGCACAGGUAAAUGAAGCAUUUUUUUAAUGUGAGUUUUACUACGAGCAAGGCUUUAACCUUUCAUUGGUUAAAGACCCACAUGUCUAUGCCUAUAUUACUGACACCAUCGCGAAACUUAAGUGGGAAACCUUUUGUGUCCACCUCGGUGACAUUGUUCAACAACUUGUAUAACGGUUCUAUAGCAACCUAACUGUUGAGAAAGAACCCUGGUUUUUGUCCGAGAAAAAAAUGGUUCAUUAGUGGGCCAAACCCAUAAGCAUGUUGUUGGGCAUAGAGGAAGCUAAGUACAAGCAUACGACAAUCAAUGAACACCUCACGACCGAUGACUUGGAGUAGAACAGUGUCACUCUAUGUCUACCCAACCAUGGAUGGAUUAAGCCUACCACCGGAGUCUACACCAUGAAAAGGCAAGACCUUACUUUGGGGUCAAGGGUAUGAUUUAUUUUUCUACGGACACGAUUAAUGCCCACAAUGCAUUUUUCUACUAUCACUAAGGAUAUAAUUUUGCUUUUGCACUCAAUUAUUUUUGGAUGACAUGUUGAUGUUGGAAAAACUAUUUGUGCUGAGUUAUAUGUAUGUGCACGAAAGACCUCUGGAUAUUUAUUUUUGUUCGUCCUUAAUAACUACACUAUGAAAAAAACACAAGUGGCUACCUUGUCUUUUGAUUAGGUUUUAGAAAACCAGAGUGUUAUUACACUAGCUACUAUCAAGAGGACGAUGCAACAUGAUGGAUUUAAACCAGAGCAACAAGAUGAUGAGGAUACUGUUGUGAAUACUACUGAAUAGGCCCCUGCACCACAAGUCAUCCCUGCCUUACAAGAGUUGCAAAGUAUUCUAGCAACUAUUAUAGCAAGGAAUACACACAAGAACAUGACAAAACAUUCCACAAGGUGAUAGCAAGGAGAUUCAAGAAGUUGAUGGUCAUGUUUCCAGCUUUUCCAACUCAAAUAUUUAAAGGUUUAACCCUACCAACAAUGCCAGCUGAUGACGACUGUUCUACUAACAUUGAUGAGGAUGACACACAGACUGAGGUAGGGAAUGUUGAAAUAGAGCAAGAUGAAAAGAAUAAGAAAGAGACUAAUACAGAUAAGGAUGAUGAGGAAAAGAAGGUUGAUUCAGAGGCAACUAGUGAAGAACUUUCUACCAACUCUGAGGACAUUGACAUGAUGGAAGUCGAUGAGGAGAAAAGCAACCUCCCUAAAGAGGAAAAAAGUUUGGAAUCAAAGGAGAGCUCAAAGAAAAAAACUACGAGAUAUUUACUGGAUUUAAAUGAUGAUAAAGCUUUUUGUGGUGCUGCAACGACCGAAGAGAAAGACCUAGAUGCAAAUUAGGUUAUCAGUAAUGUAGUCAAGAUGAUAGUAAAAUGAGCUGAAGCUAAUCUGCCUAUGGACUUUGUCGCUGGAAAGGUUGGCGGCACUACGGGAC